UUUCUUUCUCGAAUGAUUCAUCUUCUCCAUUCAAAUACCCAUUCCGUGGACACACAAACAUAAGAAACACAGCAACCAACGCUAAUUCGAAAAGUUCCGAAUUCACCAAAGUAAUGGAUUUCCGCGUGAUGGGUUUGGAGUCUCCGUUGUUUCACACGCUGCAACACAUGAUGGAUCUUUCGGACGACGGGGCAGGAGACAAGACACACAACGCCCCAACACGGUCUUACGUUCGGGACGCCAAGGCCAUGGCUGCGACACCCGCGGAUGUGAAAGAGUGUCCCAAGUCUUACGUGUUCGAGAUCGACAUGCCGGGGCUGAAAUCUGGGGACAUUAAGGUUCAAGUGGAGGAUGACAACGUGCUUCUCAUCAGUGGGGAGAGAAAGAGGGAGGAGGAGAAAGAAGGCUCCAAGUAUCUCAGAAUGGAAAGAAGGGUCGGAAAGUUCAUGCGAAAGUUUAUUCUUCCUGAGAAUGCAAACACUGAUGCAAUCUCUGCUGUGUGUCAAGAUGGUGUGCUAAGUGUUACGGUGCAGAAACUGCCUCCUCCUCAGCCCAAGAAACCAAAGACCAUUGAAGUUAAAGUUGCAUGAGGAACUUGUUGGAACUACUGUACAAAUAAAAGUGUUUUCUCUUGUUAAGGGGAUUCUCCAUGUUUGAGGCAGAGACUUGCCUUUUAGUUGUUAGAAGGUUCUUUUUUGUUUGGUUGUAUGAUCGUGUUGCAGUGAGUUGUGUUAAAUGAGAAAGAAUUAUGUAUUAUCUUAAAGUAUGAUAUAUCUAAACUUAAGUAUCUCUUGAACACAAAUUUAUU